ACUGAGUUUUCAAAGCGGUAAAUCGAGUUCAUUCACCAUGGGUAGGCAUGAGAAAAGGAAACGAAGGACUAUUGACUUGAAUUUCUUAUCUAAAAAGCACAGAAAAAUUUACAGAGAUGAUGGCAAAAAUAAAACAGCUGAUCGUAGUGACAAGCAAGAAGAAACAAAAGCUGAAAAUAAAAUUGAGGAAAAGGAAAUUGCUGAGUCAUCAUCUUCAGAAGAUGAAGCCAAUCCAUAUCAGCAGCUGCUUGCAACACUUGAUGACAAAGUUCAGUCUGAUCAAGAUUCAGAUGAGAAUAUUGAAAGUGAUGAUGAUGAAGGUGGUGGUGGUGAUGAUGAUGAUGAUGAUGAUUUAGAGGAAGAUAAUAGUGCAGUAAAUGAAGAGUUAAAUACUCUUCUUGAUGAAGAAGAUGGUACUGACAAAAGUAAACACAAAACUGAUGAUAGUGAUGAUGAUGAUAGUGAUGAUGAUGGUGAUGAUAGUGAUGAUGAUGAAGAAGACAACAAUGAUGUUGAAGAAUCAGACAGUGAUGAAAGUGAGGAUUUAACAGAAGUUGUAGCAGAUUUUGAUGAUGAUGAUGAAAUUGACAAUACUUUACAAGAAACUGAUCCAUUUAUUGUACACUUUGAGACAGAUCUUGAAGAAAAGAUUAUAGAAGAAUUAUCUGGUUGUAAAUCUUGUAACAAGGAAGAAAUAAAGGUUGUAGGUGUUGGACAAGCCUGUCAUAAGUGGUCUGUCAGUCAGCUGAAACAGAAUAUUUCACACAGGAAAGAAAAAGACUUAGUCUCCCAACAUGUAAAACAGUCAUUGGCAGAUAAUGUAGCAACAGCUAACAGAAAAAUGUGUAAAGUAAAAUCAGAUGAACUUACAGGUUUACAAGAUGGGCUAUUUUCCAUUAUGAACAAUUAUCAGGAUAUAUUUUAUUCAGAGAGGAGUCAUUCUAAUGGGGAGGAGAUACGACUUGUGUACUGUCUACAUGCUCUGAAUCAUGUCUUAAAAACAAGAAAACGUGUUAUAUCACACAACACCAAGAUAAAACAGAAGGCUGGUAACUUGGAUGUUGAUGAGGAGUUUAGGGAUCAAGGAUUAACAAGACCAAAGGUGUUGAUGAUAUUACCAUUCAGAGAGUCUGCUAAAAGGGUUGUAGAUAUGUUUAUUCAACUUCUUAAUCCAACAGAUCAGGGUUUUGUGGCCAACAAGAAAAGGUUUUACAAAGAGUAUAGUCUGGCUGAGGAAGAGGAACCAAAGAAAGGCUUUAAACCAGAGGAUUUUGAAGCAACAUUUGAGGGCAGUAUUGACGAUUAUUUUCGUAUUGGUAUAAGUGUAGCAAAGAAAACACUCAAGUUAUAUACCAAGUUCUAUGCUGCAGAUAUUAUUCUGGCCUCACCUCUUGGUCUUAGAACUCUCAUUGGAUCAGAAGGAGACAAAGAGAGAGAUUAUGACUUCCUCAACUCUAUAGAAAUGUUGAUCAUUGACCAAGCUGAUGUCCUCAUGAUGCAAAACUGGGAUCAUAUACUGCAUAUUAUGCAGCAUCUUCAUUUACAACCUCAAGAGUCACAUGGUGUAGACUUCUCUAGGGUGAGAAUGUGGACACUUAAUGGCUGGGGGAAGUAUUACAGGCAGAGUAUGGUGUUCCGUUCUGUUCCAGUCCCAGAAAUAUCAGCAUUGUUUAAUAAACAUUGUCACAAUUAUGCAGGAAAGGUGGAGUUUAUACGUCCACCAAGUACCGGCACUAUAUGUCAGAUUACUGCUCAGCUUCCUCAGGUAUUUCACCGUAUUGAUAGUACAGCAUAUAGCAAGGUUCCAGAUGACAGAUUUGAUUUCUUCAUUAAAAAGGUUUUUCCUCACCAUUCAGUUGCUGGAAUGUCACAGACACUUAUAUUUAUACCAUCAUAUUUUGACUUUGUUAGACUGAGGAACUAUUUCAAGAGAGAAGAAAUCAACUUUGUUCAGAUUUGCGAGUACACAAAGGAUAAAACAGUGAACACUGCCAGGAAUUUAUUUUAUCAUAAAAAAGUUCCUUAUCUUUUGUACACAGAAAGGUUUCAUUUCUAUAAAAGGGUAAAAUUGCGCGGUAUUCGUCACAUUGUGUUUUAUGGUUUACCACAGUACCCGAUUCUGUACAGUGAAAUGUGUAAUAUGCUACACGACGCUAAGAGCAAACACCGUGCAGAUAACCAGACAUGCACUGUGAUAUAUUCAAAAUAUGACGCUCAGAAGUUAGCAGAAAUUGUUGGCACAGAACGUGCAGGGCAGAUGGUUCAUUCGCCGAAAUCUGUACAUAUGUUUGUUACAGGAGAAAAUGGCUAAAUAAAUUUCAAAGAGACA